CGCAGGCCGUGCUGCGGCCCCUUGGAGCGCCGGAAGCCCGCAGUGCCGGAGGCCCGCAGCGCCGGAACCUCAGAGGCGGGUCGCAGCGGCGCAGAGGAGGUCAGCUGCGGGAGCGUUUCCGGGGACGGCGCCGCCAUGAGACUGACCCCGCGCGCGCUGUGCAGCGCCGCCCAGGCCGCCUGGCGGGAGAACUUCCCCCUGUGCGGUCGCGACGUGGCGCGCUGGUUCCCGGGCCACAUGGCCAAGGGGCUGAAGAAGAUGCAGAGCAGCCUGAAGCUGGUGGACUGUAUCAUCGAGGUCCACGAUGCCCGGAUCCCACUUUCAGGCCGCAACCCUCUGUUUCAGGAAACCCUUGGGCUUAAGCCUCACUUGCUGGUCCUCAACAAGAUGGACUUGGCGGAUCUUACAGAGCAGCAGAAAAUUAUGCAACACUUAGAAGGAGAAGGCCUAAAAAAUGUCAUUUUUACCAACUGUGUAAAGGAUGAAAAUGUCAAGCAGAUCCUCCCGAUGGUCACUGAACUGAUUGGGAGAAGCCACCGCUACCACCGAAGAGAGAACCUGGAGUACUGUAUCAUGGUCAUUGGGGUCCCCAACGUGGGCAAGUCCUCCCUCAUCAACUCCCUCCGGAGGCAGCACCUCAGGAAAGGGAAAGCCACCAGGGUGGGUGGCGAGCCUGGGAUCACCAGAGCUGUGAUGUCCAAAAUUCAGGUCUCUGAGCGGCCCCUGAUGUUCCUGUUGGACACUCCUGGCGUGCUGGCUCCUCGGAUUGAAAGUGUGGAGACAGGCCUGAAGCUGGCCCUGUGUGGAACAGUGCUGGACCACCUGGUCGGGGAGGAGACCAUGGCUGACUACCUGCUGUACACCCUCAACAAACACCAGCGCUUUGGGUGUUUUUUCUGUCCCUCUACUCCUCAGGACCUCAGGCACGCAGGUAUCAGGCACGCGGGUAUCAGGCAGGUGGGUAUCAGGCAUGCAGUUAUCAGGCAUGCUGGUAUCAGGCACAUGGGCCUCAGGCACACAGGUAUCACGUGGGUAUCAGGCACACAGUUAUCAGGCACGCGGGUGUCGGCACGCGGGUGUCGGGCAGGCGGGUGUCGGGCAUGCGGGUGUCGGGCAGGCGGGUGUCGGGCAGGCGGGCGUCAGGGUGCUUGGCUUUGCCCCACUGCAGCUCAGUAAAGCUUUGUGCCUGUUUUGCGGUUUCUGUUGCUGUGUCUUCGGGUUCACUCAUCUUUUCUUCUGCAAUGUAUAAUCUGCUGUUCAUCCGACUCAGUAGUUUUCAUAGUUUUCACUUCCGCAAGUUGAGUUUGGAUCGUUUUAAAAAAUAUCUUUCAUGUUUCAGCUUAGAUUUAAUGUCUUGUCUGCUAAUUCUAACAUUGGGUCAGUUUGAGUUGACUGAUUUUUCUUCUCAUUAGGGGGUCUGUUUUUUUGCUUUGUAGGCCUGGCAAUUUUUGGAUGAUAUAUAUAUAUAUAUUUUUUUUUUUUCUUUUUCUUUUAUUUUAUUAUUAUCAUACUUUAAGUUUUAGGGUACAUGUGCACAAUGUGUAGGUUAGUUACAUAUGUACACAUGUGCCAUGCUGGUGUACUGCACCCAUUAACUCGUCAUUUAGCAUUAGGUAUAUCUCCUAAAUCUAUCCCUCCCCCCUCCCCGCACCCCACAACAGUCCCAGGUGUGUGAUGUUCCCCUUCCUGUGUCCAUGUGUUCUCAUUGUUCAAUUCCCACCUAUGAGUGAGAAUAUGCGGUGUUUGGUUUUUUGUUCUUGCGAUAGUUUACUGAGAAUGAUGAUUUCCAAUUUCAUCCAUGUCCCUACAAAGGACAUGAACUCAUCAUUUUUUAUGGCUGCAUAGUAUUCCAUGGUGUAUAUGUGCCACAUUUUCUUAAUCCAGUCUAUCAUUGUUGGACAUUUGGGUUGGUUCCAAGUCUUUGCUAUUGUGAAUAAUGCCACAAUAAACAUAUGUGUGCA